AUGGAUUUCAUUCCACACCCGACCGACGGCCUGGAGCCAAUGGACGUACCAUUCGUGGCAAACUUGCAAUAUGUAUAUGACGCUGAUUUCUGGUCUUUCCCUCAAGCAUAUGGAGCUGUCCCCGACGGCGACUGGCGCGAGUUGGGAGCGCACGACCUCGCCGCACUCGCUCAAUCAUGGCUUUAUUUUGGCGUCAUGGCCGAGUUCCUCGGGAAACCUGUCGAUUUUCGGCAUUUCGAAUAUACUGGAGAGAUGCAAGUGGAGGAAAAAGUCCUUGUGACGAAGCUUGUAACUGCAGUGCCAUUUAAGACUUUGCUGGACGAGUGGCUGCGCUUUAAGGUUGCGCCUGUUCUUAACCCGGCAUUUAUGGACGAGAAUGCGACGAUCGAUUCUGGCCUGACUGAAGAUGUUCUGUGGUCGGACUUUCAAAGGUGUUAUGAAUUCCUCGGCAAAGUGUUGAACACCUGUGAUGAGCUGCAACGAUUACCGCAAGCUUUGGAGGUUGAUACGAUCCCAAGAAUUGUGUUAUCGAUCACAGUCUUAUGCACCACGUUGCGUGGCAUUCUUACGGAAAUCCUAACUCCCUCCCCUGGAAUAAUGAUACUUUUGGCGGGUGGGAAACGGAAGCAACUAGAUUGGAAGCAUGACGGGAAUGAAAAAGAAAAUGAAAAUGAAAAAGUCCCACCGGUGUCGUCGGUUGAAUUGCUACUCCGACAGCAAAUGAGACAACAAGGGUGGUGCCCGUUCAAGAUUAAGCAUAUCUUGUCGUCGCAUGAUUAUGCAACUGUGUAUUACUUCAGUCGACUGUUCAAGAAGUCGUCCCAGCUCAACCAUGGAUCAUGCACGGAGACAGAGUGUGUGGCCAACAAUGUCGACAUGAGUAACUACGUCACGAGACAUGUUCAUCCGGGCUGUUCAUGCUCGCACCUAUCUUUCCCUGACGAUGAAAUGCGCCAGAUCAUCAGAGCAGGCGGCAUACCAGUGGUGAGGGCGAAAGAGGUUGCCGUAGGCGAACCCCCGGUUCUUGAGGUGACGCGAAUGAACACAGCGACGCGUUACGUUGCGUUCUCCCACGUCUGGUCUGAUGGUUUGGGUAAUCCCAAAGCCAAUUCGCUUCCAGAAUGCCAGAUACGACGAUUACAAGAAUACGUUGACGCUUCGAAGCCUCCGGAAGAAUCAUCCUGGUACUCGUAUCCCACUUUCAACUUUGACUUUCGGAGAACGAGCAGCUUGAACAAACCUGCCAAUUAUUUCUGGCUAGACACACUUUGCAUUCCAGUUGGAAAGGAGUUCGACGACCUUAAAUUCCGUGCCAUCAACCAGAUGGCCGCGAUCUAUAGCUCUGCCUACGAAGUUCUUGUGCUCGACUCAUCUUUUGCCCACACUUCAAUCCAGGACUCAAAAAUUUGCGAGCAGAUUGCUCGACUAGAAGUCAGCCCAUGGAUGGGGAGAUGUUGGACCUUCCAAGAAGGCUGCUUGGCGGGGCUCCUCAACUUCCAAUUUUCUGACGGUCGACUGAAUCCUUUGCGAAUGAAGGUUGGAUACAGCACCUGGCUGGGAGAACAUCUCGAGUCUACGCUUCUGCAUCUCACCCGUGAAUUGGCAAGCGCUGUACUCUUCAAACUCUUCGUAAAGCGAAGAUUGAGGUUCAACGCGUCUAUGCUAUAUGACGUUGAGACUGCCAUCGUUGCAACAAUAUCACGGCCACUCAUAACGCGUCUAUCAACGAACACCAAUAACACAUCAGUGGCGUUGCUAGACCCGCAAAUCCAGUCCGAGGCACAAGUAGCAUUUGACCAGCUUGUUCGAUGCUGGAACGAACUAAGCGUGCGAACAACAACGAAGCGUGAGGAUAUCCACGUUAUUCUCGCCAACCUACUCCGUCUUGGCGCACACACCAUACUCCAGAUGGAGAAGCCGCAAGACAGGAUGCGUGUUAUUCUCAACAGCUUGAAGUAUUUACCCCUCUCACUAUUUCUGAACUCCACGAUCCCCAGGGCGGGUCCUACUGAAAAAGAUCGAGACCGCUGGCUCCCUCUCUACCCUGCAGGAAACAUGCUAUCAGACGCACCUCGGCUGAAGGUCACGGAGGGAGGGUAUUACUUAGGCCCGGGCGAAGGUCAAGAGAAUGGGGUGGAAUUCCUCAUGACGGAGCGCCAAGAGCCACCACCAAUUCGUUUCAUUGUGCGAUAUCCUUCGCAGGACAAAAUAGCCAUCAUCGAGCUUCAUCGGAGGCCUGGAGACACGUUCGCCGUGCAAGAGGCUGGGCUUCUUUGCUUUUCUUUCCAAAUAAGCAGCGAUCGAGCGUGUCGUGAGCUCUUGGAGGGAACUGACAUUGCUUGUCAAAAAGUGUCUGGUGCAGUAUUUCGCGCCAAUCGUAUCACGUACGAACAAUUGGACAGCUCGAACUCUGAAAAGGAGGUCUCCGAACCUGAUCACACGGCCCGUGCUGAUGGGGUAGACUUGGUCUCUACUCGACCAGACUCCAGUGCACUGGAUGAUCUGCUAGAAAGCAAAAGUGGCAAGUUGCGGAUUGUGUACGACUGUCCCAUGACGGCAACUCUCGUGGAUCUUGAUGUCCACGAUGUACAGAGUAUCUCUCACGAUCUAGCGCAGAUGCCAGCUCGAGAAGUAAAGGCUCUACCUAAAUCUUGGGGGAUACAUAUUGAGCGAGGUAAGCACCUGCUACUCCCUACCAACCCAGGAAACAAUGCACCCGUUAUUAAUUUCAGUUUUGCAGAGAUCAUGGAAGAUGAGGUAUUGGAACAUCAACGUCCUGAUCCUUUGGAAGGUACCGGCGCUCUCUGGGUUCUUUUAGCUGUGUGCAACGUAGCAGUCCCUUUGCUACUAUACUUCGGCACCACUGGCCUCGGUAUCGCCAUUCUCGCGACCACAUACGCAAAAUUAUCAGCGCUUUCGCGAGCCGGCGUGAUUCUUAAGCUCGUCAUGAACUUUUUCGCAAUUGUCCAGUCCUUUUUUAUCCACCUCGCUUGGGUGUGGAACCUCGCGCAUCUCAUAACUAUCGCCCUUUUCACGAUCGGGCGCUUCCCAGCCGGAGGAGGGGAUGGCAAUCUGACGGCUCUGGAUCGUGCAUUUGUGGGUUACGGAUUCACCAUUCAUACGGUUCUAAUGGUUAUGUGCCCAUUGAUCAUGAAAGUGGCCAGAUCGAGAAUGUCCACGGAGUACAUGAAAACGUUUGACCCGGCUUGGACCCCGGAGAAGCAGUCGUGGGAGAUGAAGGGGAUUCAAUGGGUGAAAAAUCGGAUGUACGACGAUUUUGACUAG